CCCCUACUCGAGCAAGAGCGGCUCAGGUAAUUAACGCCAAUUAUAACACAGGUCGAAUCGGACUCGGUACAUCCAUAUCCGACUCUGAUACGGGGCUGCUUGCUGACUACUAUAUAUGUUCACCCACCAUCCAGGAAUCCCAGCUCCGUCGAUUCGUCUUGCCAAGAAGCAGCAAUGGCGUCGGAGGUGCCGGAGGACAUCCUGAUGCAGGUCUUCGCGGCCCUCGAUGUCCCUGACCUCGUCCGCGCGGGAUCCGUCUGCUCGGCCUGGCACGGCGCCUACACCAGCCUCUGCAAUCUCGGGCGCUGGAAGCAGCCACAGACGCCGUGCCUCCUGUACACCGCCAAGUCCCGCGGUGAGAGUGCCGGGUGUCUCUACAGCCUCGCGGAGAAGAAGUCAUACACACUUGCUCUCCCGGACCCUCCGAUCCGUCGCAUGCAUUUUCUUGGCUCAGCCUAUGGUUGGAUCAUCGCCGCUGACGAGCGGUCCGAGCUUCACCUCCUCAACCCCAUCACAGGUGACCAGAUCGCCCUGCCUUCGGUCACUACCUUUGAGUAUGUUACACCAGUCUACGACGAGAAUGGCGCCGUGAAGGAGUACUCUUCAUACUGCGCUUUGCCUGGGUCAUGUGGACCCUGGACCUAUGGCCUUCACAAGCUGAGGGAUAGAUUUUUCCACAAGGUGUUCCUGUCGUCCGAUCCUUCCACCGGAGACUACAUCGUUGCUGCCAUCCACAACACACGCUUCCGGCUUUCGUUUGCGAGGAACGGAGAUGAUUGCUGGACUCCGUUGCCACCACAUCAUUUCUUUGCAGAUUGUGUCUUUAAGGAUGGCCUGAUGUACGCGGUGACUACCAAGGGAGCAAUCCAUGUGUUUGAUUUCAGUGGGCCCACAGUAAAGCAAAAGGUUGUAUUGGGGAAAAUGAGGGACUACUCCUUUCAGAGGGUGUACAUUGUUCAAACACCAUGUGGUGAUCUGCUACAGGUUUGGUCUGAUAUUGAUAGUAUACCGGAGAAUGAAUCUGUUUCGGAAGAUUCAGAAACUGACGCUCUAGAGGAAGAUGAUGAUUUCUCGGAACCUGAGUGGUCCUCUGAUUAUGAACCUCAUAGACACUACUGCAUUCCCUUCAAAUUGUAUAGAGUGGACUUGGCAGCAAAUAAGCUUGUGGAAACAAGUAGUUUGGGUGAGAAUGUGCUGUUUAUUGGGCAGAGUCAAACAGUUUGCUUGAACGCGCAAGAACACCCUCAACUGAAGGCAAAUCAUAUCUAUUUCACUGACACUGACGAGUAUAUUACGGUGCGUAAGAAUAUGACUCGUGAUAUUGGAGUUCUCAGCUUAUGUGAUAACAGCAAAGAGAAGAUUACAUCCCCUCAGAUUUGGUCCAACUGGCCAAGCCCUAUGUGGAUAACACCAAAUCCAAGAAAGAUGAAUUCAGCUGGGGAGAAAUCAGCCGAAGGGACAGAUGUGGCUGAAACCCCUCCUGCCAGCUGCUGGACCCUUGUUUUUCAGCGUGGAUGGAGUGUCGCCUUUGUGUUUCUAUUGUUUUCUCUUUUUUCUUUUUUCAUGGUUUAUGUGAUUGUAUACUGUUAGUGGGUAUUUUGAACCCUGAAUUUUGUUAGCACUGCAAGGGUAUGUGAGAUGUCUUCUUCCUUCUCCGUUCAAGCACUA